AUAUCUUCGAGAGUGGUUGGUCAGACUUGACAUGGUGGCUCUCCAGCUACAAGGAUCUCUCUCUCUCUCUCUCUGGUUGAACUAUGGCAAAUUCGAGGGUGAUCUUUGCCUUGCACGUAGCAGCGUGCAUACUACUACUUGCAGAUGUCGCUUGUGCUCAGAACCAGACUCAAGCUACGACUGACCCUUCUGAAGUGGCGAUUCUGAACUCGAUAUGGUCAACAUGGGGACUCACUUCUCAGACGUGGAACAUAAGUGGAGAGCCAUGCCGCGGAGCCGCGAUUGACGACUCUGUUGUCAUCGACGAUACGAGUUACAACCCUUUCAUCAAAUGCGACUGCUCCUUCAACAAUUCCGCCACUUGCCACAUUACCCAGCUCAAGGUUUAUGCACUGAGCGUCGAUGGUCCUAUCCCUGAUGAGUUAUGGAACUUGACUUACCUCUCCAAUCUGAACUUGGGCCAAAAUCUCUUGACUGGUUCCUUAUCUCCAUCCAUCGGCAACCUAACUGGCAUGCAGUAUCUGAGUGUGGGCAUCAACGCAUUGUCAGGAGAGCUUCCACCGCAACUUGGGUUACUUACAGAGCUAUUGUCAUUGUCCUUUAGCACCAAUAACUUCAGUGGCUCUCUGCCAUCUGAGCUUGGAAAUCUUUCCAAAUUGCAGCAACUUUACAUUGAUAGUUCCGGAGUCAGUGGUGAGAUUCCGUCAACAUUUUCCAAGCUUAAAAAUCUUCACACAGUGUGGGCAUCGGAUAACAACCUCAUUGGUAGUAUACCAGAAUUCAUAGGAGAUUGGUCGCAGCUUACCCAGCUGUUACUUCAAGGAAAUUCUUUCGAAGGUUCGAUUCCUUCAACAUUUUCCAAUUUAUCCGCACUGACAGACUUGAGAAUAAGUGAUGUAUCUAAUGUGAGCUCUUCACUGGAAUUCAUCAGGAAUAUGAAGAAUCUGUCUAUUUUGGUACUGAGGAAUAACAAUAUCUCGGAUUCGCUCCCAUCAGAUUUUUCGGGAUACCACAGCUUAUCUCAGCUGGACUUAAGCUUCAACAAGUUAACAGGACAGAUUCCAGACUCUCUUUUCAAUUUGAGCUCACUCACUUACCUGUUUCUCGGAAAUAAUAGUUUGAAUGGCACACUUCCUGGACAGAAAAGUGCAUCCCUUCUUAACAUAGAUGUGUCAUACAAUAACUUGAUGGGAAGCUUUCCUUCGUGGGUCAGCAAUGAUUUACAACUUAAUCUGGUUGGCAACAACUUUACAUUGGACAACUCUAACAGUAGCCUUCUUCCUUCAAGAUUAAACUGUCUUCAACGGAAUUUUCCUUGCAAUACGGGGAAAGGAAUCUACUACAAUUUUUCAGUAAAAUGCGGUGGCCCUCAGAUUUCUUCGUCCAGUAAUAUCGUGUAUGAGCAAGAUAAUAACACUCUUGGUCCUGCUACCUACUAUGUGACCGACACAGAGAGGUGGGCAGUGAGCAACGUUGGUUAUUUCACGGGAAGCAGCAACCCCGCCUAUAAAGCUUCCACGCUUUCCCAGUUCUCCGGCAAUUUAGACACAGAGCUGUUCCAGACUGCACGGCUCUCUGCUUCAUCUCUACGAUACUAUGGAUUAGGUCUGGAGAAUGGAAACUACAGUGUCACCCUCCAGUUCGCUGAAAUACAAAUCGAGAAUACUGAAUGGAAACGUCUUGGGAGGCGUCUUUUUAAUAUAUACAUACAGGGAAACCUUGUUGCAAAGGAUUUCAACAUACGGGAAGAGGCAGGUGGUGCCUCUUUUUCAGCUGUCCCAAAAAUGUAUCAGGCUCAGGUAACAGCAAACUAUCUCGAGAUACACUUCUUUUGGGCUGGAAAAGGGACUUGCUGUGUACCAAAUCAAGCCACAUAUGGACCUUUGAUUUCAGCCAUUAGUGCUGUCCCAGACUUCAUACCCUCUGUCAGUAACAAUCCCCCAACCCGUAAAAAGGAUCGUACCGGCCUGAUAGUUGGAGUUGCCACUGGAGUUGGAGUGGUCGGCAUGGUGGCUGUUCUCCUGGUGUUCUAUGUUGUUCGGAGAAGGAAAAUGGCACGCAUGAUUGAAGAUCAAGAGUUCCUUGGCUUGGAUGCUAGACCUUACACUUUCAGCUACGCGGAACUAAAGGCUGCUACGGAUGACUUCAAUCCCAAUAACAAACUUGGGGAGGGAGGAUUCGGCCCUGUUUUUAAGGGAACACUCGAUGAUGGGAGAGUGAUUGCUGUAAAGCAACUAUCUGUAUCAUCCCACCAAGGAAAGAAUCAAUUCGUGACAGAGAUUGCCACUAUAUCUGCAGUGCAACACCGCAACCUUGUUAAACUGUAUGGAUGCUGCAUCGAUGCAGAGAAUCGGCUUCUUGUUUAUGAGUAUCUAGAAAACAAGAGUCUUGAUCAGGCAAUAUUUGGACAAAGAAGCUUGAGUCUUGAUUGGGCAACACGGUAUGAUAUCUGUCUGGGUACUGCAAGGGGUCUAGCUUAUCUUCAUGAGGAGUCGAGGCUGAGAAUCGUGCACAGGGAUGUGAAGGCCAGCAACAUUCUGCUUGACUCUGAUCUCACACCUAAAAUAUCAGACUUUGGUUUGGCUAAACUUUAUGAUGAUAAGAAGACCCAUAUAAGCACCCGUGUGGCGGGAACCAUUGGAUAUCUUGCUCCCGAGUAUGCAAUGCGUGGCCACCUUACGGAGAAGGCAGAUGUGUUUGCGUUUGGUGUAGUGGCUCUAGAGGUUGUCAGCGGAAGGUCAAAUUCAGACCCUAGCUUGGAAGAAGAAAAAAUAUAUCUCCUUGAAUGGGCUUGGAACCUGCAUGAAACCAACCGUAUUGUUGAGCUGGUUGAUUCUAGAUUAUCAGAGUUCAAUGAAGAAGAGGCAAAACGCAUGGUUGCAAUAGCACUCUUGUGCACUCAAACAUCGCCAUCGCUGAGACCACCAAUGUCCCGUGUGGUGGCAAUGCUCUCUGGAGAUAUGGAAGUGCCGACCGUCUCCACGAGGCCAGGCUACUUGGCUGAUUGGAGAUAUAGUGAUACCACUAGCUCCUUGACUGAGACUGCUGAUAAGAGCACAGACAAGAGCCCUUUCAACUCCCCGUUCACCGCAAGCACUGUUGGAGCUGCAAAUCUGUCACCGGAAAUUGCUACAACACCCAUGCUUGAUGAGACAAUCGGAGAAGGCAGAUGAACAUGGUUUACCUGGACGGAUCUCCGCUACAUCCAUGUCAGGCUUCAUCAGUUGAUUACGCUUAGAUUUUGUAUUGUAGUUAUUUACUAGAACAUACAUAUGAAUUUCCUAUAAAAGAUGAUUCUCCCUAUGAAUGAUUUUGCUAUUAUGUAAAAAGUUGGGAGAAAAUACGUAAAAAAUUCUAAACCCAUUGCAUUUGUACCAAUUCAAUCCUAAACGUUUCGAUUGGA